UCCUGUCAUGUCCUUGCCCUCUUCUGAAUUUAAUGAGAGGAACAAAUAUGAAGUCUCGGAACCAGCGGGUAGUCAACUCCGUGCGCAGCGGCAGCGCUGAGGUUCAUGUGUGCUGCUGUCAACUGACAGCUCAACCAAGGGGAGGCUUCAGAAUGGUGAAGAAAGGCAAAAAAGAGAGUGAAACUCCUUCCAAGGAAACGUUCGAGCCACUGUCCUUUGAGGGUAAAACCCCUGCAACAGUGGUCCUUCUUCUGAGUUCUCCAGAGGAGGACAUCCUUAUCAAAGCCUGUGAAACAGUCCAUGCAUUUGCAGAGAGAGGAGACGAGAACAAGGUCUCUCUGCUGGGACUUGGGGCCUUGGAGCCUCUUUGUCAGCUAAUCACUCACAACAACAGACUGGUCAAACGCAAUGCCUUUAUGGCCCUGGGCAUCAUGUCCACCCACGGCGAUGUAAAGAGCGCUAUGAAACAAGUGAAUGUAAUUCCAUCGAUUAUUGGCAAACUCUCCCUUGAUGAGGAUACAGUUGUUCAAGAGUUUGGGACACUAUGCCUGGCAUCUCUGUCAGUAGAUUUUGUCUGCAAGACACAGAUCUUUGAUAACAAUGGCCUACCACCUGUAAUCCAGCUCCUAUCCAGUCCAGAUCCAGAUGUGAAGAAGAACUCACUGGAGAUCAUCUUCAACCUGGUUCAGGACAACCCAAGUCGCUUGGCAAUACAUGAGCUGGGUGUGAUACCUCCGCUUCUGGAACUUUUGAAAUCAGACUUCCCUGUCAUUCAACAUUUGGCUUUAAAGACACUGCAGAAUGUCACCACAGUUAAAGAUACACGCAACACCUUCAGGGAAGAGCAAGGAUUUGACCGACUCAUGGGCAUCGUUAAUAAUAAGGACCUCCAUGACCUUCAUGCUGAGGCCUUGCAGGUUGUGGCUAACUGUUUAAAUGAUAGUGAGUGUUUGGAGUUUAUCUAUAAAGGUGGAGGACUGACCCAGCUGAUGGAAUUCCUCCUGACCCCCAGUAAGCCAGAAAUACAGGCCAACACUGUUAAGUGUAUCGCCAGGGUGGCUCAGAGCCCUGAGAAUCGCAAACUGCUCCAUGAGCAGAAUGUGGAAAAUAUUCUUGUAGAGCUUCUAUCUGUGGCCGAUGAUGGCGUGAAAACAGUUACCUGUGAGGCAGUGGCCACCAUGAGCUCCCAUUUACCCAGCAAAGACAUCUUUAGAGAUCUGAAAAGCAUCCCAUCAGUGGUACGGCUGCUCAGGAGUGAAAGUUUGAUGGUUAGAGAGGCAGCAACGAAGGCGCUGUCUGACCUCACACAUAACAACUGGCUCAACGCCUUUGCAGUGUAUGAGGCAGGAGGCCAUGAGCACCUCCUCCAGCAGCUCAGUGAAUGCUGUCCCAGUACAGUGGCCAGUGCUGCUGCCACACUGGCCAACAUGGCAGAGCAGGAUGAGAUCCGCUGCAGCAUCCUGUCACAUGGAGCCAUGCAUGCACUGGUGGAGCCCCUGAAGUCCACAAACACUCAGGUCGUGGUCAACACAACACUGUGCCUGGCAGCAUUGGCCUGUGACACAGCAAGUAGGGCAGAGUUUCAAAAAGCUGGAGGUCUUCGGACACUGGUCGACUUACUGCACUCUAAUCACAAAGACGUGCUGCACAAUGCAUGUUUAGCUGUCAACAUCUGUGCCAGCGAUGAGCCCACUACUGUGGAAAUGUGCAAAUUUGGAGCCCUGGAGAUGCUUAAAGAAAUCAACCAGUCAGUAAAUCGCAGGAACAGGUUCAGUGAGUUGGCCAUGACCAGCCUGCUUAAGUCCAACCUGCCUGUUAAAUACAGCCUGACAGGUUGUUUGUCCUCCACUGACCUCAUUAUGGAUGGCUUUUAUGAUGCCGGGAAGGCUAUUCCAGGUCAGAGGGUUCUGUCCUUAGAGGAACUAUCUGGUCAGUCAGUCGAUGAGCGCCGAGCCAUCAUUGUUAUCAACACAGCAACAGAAGAUACAACCGAUGUCUCUGAAGAGAGAUGCAGUUUAUCAGAAGCAGACAUCAGUAUCAAGGGAAACCACAAGACAUCAAGGAAGAAGGAGGAAGACAAACAGAAAGAUGAGGACCAGCCGCACUCUCCUACAGAGAAACGGUGGAAGAUGAUGAAUGAUGUGUCAUUGCAGGUUUUAGUUAAAGAGGCCAAAGAAUCCAUCCUCCCCCUGAAUGAUGAACGAGAGCAGUAUGUCGCCUUGGCCAGGCUGGUCAGCAAAGCCAUGGGUGGAGGAGUGGAGUUGGAAAAGUUGCAUGAAUUUCAAUGGAACCUCCACCUCAGCGAGCUCAAGUUUCAGCUUCAGUCUAAUGUGGUUCCAAUUGGGAUGAUCAGCAGGGGAAUCUUCUGCCACAGGGCACUUCUGUUCAAGUGUCUGGCUGACUGCAUCGGACUGAGCUGUACUCUUGUCAGGGGUGAGUACAACCGGGCCUGGAAUGAAGUACUCCUCUUCAGUCCAGCUGGGAGCUCUGCACAGCCAUCCUGCUACAUAGUGGACCUCAUGCACAGUCCUGGAAGCAUGUUGAGAGUCAACACUCCUGCUGCUGUGCAAUACCAAACCAUAUAGACCAACACAGAAUUAAAACACUGAAUGACAGUGACAUGUGAUGGAUACUGUGUGUCAAAUCUUGAAGUCAUUUAAUAAAGUAUUAUUCAAGU